ACCUUCUCCCAGAGAAGAUGGGGGGCAAUUCCUGCACCAUGAAGUGGUUUCUCCUGGCCCUGUUGUGUCUCCAGCUCUCGGAGGGACUGGUGAGAGUCAAACUGAGGAAAGCCAAGUCCAUCCGGGAGAAAAUGAGAGAGGCAGGAGUGCUGGAGGAGUACCUGAAGAAAAUGAAGCUUGAUCCAGGCAAGAAAUACAAAACCUCUGACAACUACGUUGUGUUUGAGCCCAUAACCAGCCACAUGGAUGCUUCCUACUUUGGGGAGAUCAGUAUUGGGGACCCCCCCCAAAGCUUCUUGGUGCUCUUUGACACUGGUUCCUCCAACCUCUGGGUUCCUUCCAACUACUGCCAGACACCAGCAUGCUUCAACCACCAGAAAUUCAACCCCCAAGAGUCUUCCACCUUCAUCAGCACUGGUCAGUCCUUCACCCUCUCCUAUGGCAGUGGCACCCUGACUGUGCUGCUGGGCUAUGACACACUCAGGAUCCAGAGCAUCAGGGUUACAAGCCAGGAGUUUGGGCUCAGUGAGAAUGAACCAACCCAACCCUUCUACUACGCCGAGUUUGAUGGGAUCCUGGGAAUGGCCUAUCCCUCCCUGGCAGUGGGAGGGACCCCAACCCCCCUGCAGAACAUGCUGCAGCAGAACCAGCUCUCCAAUCCCAUCUUCAGCUUCUACUUCUCUCGCCAACCCACCUAUGAGUAUGGGGGAGAGCUCGUCCUGGGAGGAAUUGACCCUCAGCUCUUCCGUGGGGACAUUGUUUGGGCACCAGUGACCCAGGAGCUCUACUGGCAGGUCCCAGUUGAUGGGUUUGCCAUUGGGCAGUCACCAACAGGCUGGUGCAGGCAGGGCUGCCAGGCCAUCGUGGACACGGGGACAUCCCUGCUGACAGUGCCCCAGGAAUACAUGGAAAGCUUCCUGCAGGCUGUGGGGGCCCAGCUGACCAGCUAUGGGUAUGCAGUCGACUGCAAUAAUGUCCAGAACUUGCCCACCAUCACCUUCAUCAUCAGUGGGGUACCUCUGCCCCUCUACCCAUCCACCUACAUCUUAAACAGCCAAGGCUACUGCACAGUUGGGAUUGAGGCCACCUACCUGCCUUCCCAGAACGGGCAGCCACUCUGGAUCUUUGGUGAUGUCUUCCUCAGGGAAUAUUACACCAUCUUUGACAUGGCCAACAACCGGGUUGGCUUUGCCCCCUCGGUGUAGAGGGGUGGCUGCAGCCCCUUUUCUGGCCAAACCUCCCCCUCAGCCAGCCCUAGAAAGUUCCUCAAGCCCUUGAUAUUCCUCCCUGUGUCCCUCCAGGAGCUGUGUCCAAGUGUGUUUCUCACAGGCUCGUGUUACAAAUAAACCUCAAG